AUGGUGAGCGAGUCCGAUUCACGACUGUACUCGUUCUCCCCGGAGACGAAGGAGAAGCUGCGCAAGUUUCGCCUGGGCACUUCAAGAGCAAAGGACCCUCAGGCCAUCAUCUAUCUGAUCGAUACGAAGAGCCAGGAGAUUCGACCUGAAGAUGGCCAGGUUUACAAUAAGAUGGAGGAUUUGGCGGAUGAGGUCCCCGACUCGUCCCCGCGUUUUAUCCUCCUCAGCUAUCCUCUAACUCUGGCUUCCGGCCGUCUCACCGUCCCCUACGUUCUCCUCUACUAUCUCCCCGAAAACUGCAACCCAUCACAGCGAAUGAUGUACGCCGGCGCUGUCGAACUGAUGCGCAACACUGCCGAAGUCAACAGGGUUAUCGAGAUCGAAAGUGAAUCCGACAUUAUCGCAAUCGAGUCUAAGUUGGCUGGAUCCGACUAG